AUAUAUGAAAUAUUAGAAAAUUGCGAGUAGUUAGUGCAUCAAUCUCAGUUUAUGGCUAUAAAGUAUUUGAAUCAAAAUGGAAGACACGCUGCAGAAGUAUCUGGUAUACCAGAGUCCGAAUCAUUUUUCAUCUUUGGAAAGAUUGUGGGUCGAGGGAAAGCUGUGCGAUAUAACGAUAAACGCGAAUGGCAAAGAGAUUCGAGCACACAGGUUUAUUUUAGCAGCUACCAUCCCAUACUUUGAAACAGUAUUGUUAAGCAACUUUGCAGAAAGUGAUCGAGAAAUGAUAUCAGUACAAGGUAUUUCGCAAACAAAUGUUGAGCUAUUUAUCAAAUACGCCUACACUGGUCAAAUUACUCUUACAGAAGAAAACGCUCAAUGUGUGAUGAUAGACUCAGACUAUCUCGGUCUAUCCGAGGUGAAAAAUAAGUGUGCGAAAUUUCUUGAAUAUUGUCUCGAUUUACAAAACGUUUUUGAGAUCUACAACCUCGCAGAGUUACUAGACUGUACCGAACUGCAAGAAAAAGCUACAAAGUUUAUUGUUCAACACUUUCACGAAGUUUCAAAAACUGAGCAGUAUUCGAACGUAACCUCGACUUUUUUAAUUAACAUUUUGUCUAAUGAAGAUAUGUAUUUCUACUCCCAAGAAAAAGUAUUUGAAGCGGUAUUGAGGUGGAUAAAAUACGAUGUCGAUAACAGGAAAAUUAAUCUGCAAGAUUUAAUCGCUCUAAUACGGUUUUCAUCUCUAAGCGAUGAAUAUGUAGUUCAUAAUGUGAUGGAAGACGAGUUAAUAUCUGAUUCAGUCCAGUGCAGAAAUUUCAUCAAUAAUAUGAGGAAUACUCAAAAAUGUUGCAAGCAAGGCAAUUCACCGAUAAAUAUGAGAAACAGUAAUCGAGAGUUUGGUGCUCCGGAAGGACACGUCGUCAUAUUUUGUACAUGGAAUGCAUCAAGCAUUGAAAUGUAUAACCCUUAUACAGACAAUUGGGACACUUCAAAUACAAAUGAAAUUCCUGGAAAAGCUUUCAUCUGCACUGCACACAAAAACAGAUUGUACAUCGUAGCGGGGUAUGUGAAAACUAUUGUAGCAUCACCAGCGUGGGUGUACAAGCCGCAGCGGAGAAUUUGGAAUUCUAUAGCUCCCAUGAACAUAAGCAGAUGUGAUGCCGGGCUAGCUGCCCUAAAUGGUUACUUGUACGUUUGUGGCGGUCGAGAUAAAAAACCGCUAAAUAUCGUUGAGAGAUAUUGCCCUGAAACGAACAAAUGGAAGAUAGUAAGCUCGAUGCAUAAUUGUCGAUAUAGCCUUUCAGUUGUUGCUUUCGAAGGGUUCAUUUAUGCAUUGGGUGGUCACGAUGGAAACGUUGUUCUGGAUACUGUGGAAAGGUACGAUCCGGCAAAAGAUCAAUGGACCAUUUUGGAUUCCAGGAUGAAUGAAGAGCGCUCUAAUUUUGGUGCAGCUGUACUGAAUGGAAAGUUGUUUGUUUGCGGAGGCAGCAGGAUUGCAUUACCAUUCAGCCCACUCAAUUCGGUUGAAGUUUACGAUUCAACAAUAAACAGAUGGGAAUAUAAAACCAACAUGGAUACCGCAAGGUUUAGCCCACUUGUGGUAGUGAACGUGGGAAAGCUUUGGGCGAUCGGAGGAAAUAGUUACGCUCGUUCGCGUACAACCAUAGAAAUGUACGAUCCCGAAACUAACUCCUGGUCUUACGCCCCACCACUGCGCAAAAAAUACAGGCAAAUCACUGGCGCUAUGAUUCCUUUCUAGCGAUUGUCUUCGUUAUUUGUUGCAACAUAGAGAAUCGAAAGACUGAAAUAUACAAUUCUC